AUGGGAGUUGAUCCUGAAGAAACCGAGAAGCCUUGCUCUAGGGUCCAGACCCUGUUUAGGAGGGUUAAGACCCUACUCGCUGAAGCGCCACCCCCACCCCUGCCCCCGCCCCCACUCCCACCCCCACCCCCCUCCUGGAACCCAGGCUGCGCACACGUGUAUGGCUACGUAUUUGGGCAUGUGCUUGAAAACAACCUGGAACAUCUCCCGUCACAGCCGGUGCUGGACACGGGGGAGCAGCUGAUGGUCCCCGUGGAGGUGCUGGAAGUGGGCGGCGAGGGGGCCUUGUGGAAGUUCCUGCUGUUGGGGGCCAUGGCUGGGGCAGUGUCUCGCACAGGCACAGCCCCUCUGGACCGCGCCAAGGUAUACAUGCAGGUCUACUCCUCCAAGACUAACUUCAUGAACCUGCUGGGGGGGCUGCGGAGCAUGGUCCAGGAGGGCGGUGUCCGGUCCCUGUGGCGUGGCAAUGGCAUCAACGUCCUCAAGAUCGCCCCUGAGUACGCCAUCAAGUUCUCUGUCUUUGAGCAGUGUAAGAAUUACUUCUGUGGAGUACAUGGGUCCCCACCCUUUCAGGAACGGCUCCUCGCUGGCUCCCUGGCUGUGGCCAUCUCUCAGACACUCAUCAACCCUGUGGAGGUGUUGAAGACAAGGCUGACUCUACGCCGCACGGGUCAGUACAAAGGGCUGCUAGACUGUGCCAGGCAGAUCUUUGAGCGGGACGGCACCCGUGCCCUUUACCGUGGCUAUCUGCCCAACAUGCUCAGCAUCAUCCCCUAUGCCUGCACCGACCUGGCUGUCUAUGAGAUGCUCCAGUGCUUAUGGCUGAAGUCAGGAAGGGACAUGGAGGACCCCAGUGGCUUGGUCAGUUUGUCAUCUGUAACGCUGUCCACAACCUGUGGCCAGAUGGCCAGUUAUCCUCUGACUUUGGUGCGCACCCGGAUGCAGGCACAAGACACCGUGGAAGGUUCAAACCCCACCAUGCGUGGCGUCUUUCGGCGGAUCUUGGCCCAGCAGGGCUGGCCCGGGCUGUACCGAGGCAUGACCCCCACGUUGCUAAAGGUGUUGCCAGCGGGUGGCAUCAGCUACGUGGUAUACGAGGCCAUGAAGAAAACCCUGAGUGUAUAG